GCCAGCGUGGGAACUCAGGUGGCGAGCUCGAACCCGGGCGGCGUCCCGGGCAACAGGAUGUGUGAUCGAAACGGGGGCCGGAGGCUUCGGCAGUGGCUAAUUGAGCAAACUGACAGUAACAUGUACCAAGGACUGAUUUGGGAAAAUGAUGAGAAGACCAUGUUCCGGAUUCCCUGGAAACAUGCCGGCAAACAAGAUUAUAAUCAGGAAGUGGAUGCCUCUAUUUUCAAGGCCUGGGCAGUGUUUAAAGGGAAAUUUAAGGAAGGGGACAAAGCUGAACCAGCCACUUGGAAGACAAGGCUACGUUGUGCUUUGAACAAGAGCCCAGAUUUUGAGGAAGUGACAGACCGGUCUCAGCUGGACAUUUCUGAGCCAUACAAAGUUUACCGCAUCAUCCCAGAAGAAGAGCAAAAGUGCAAAUUAGGAGUGGCAACUUCCGUUGGCAUGAACGAAGUCACUGAGAUGGAGUGCAGGCGCUCUGAAAUUGACGAGUUGAUCAAGGAGCCUUCCGUGGAUGGUUACAUGGGGAUCGUGAAGAGAAGUCCUUCCCCGCCGGAGGCCUGCAGGACACAGCUCCUCCCUGAGUGGUGGGCGCAGCAGCCAAGCUCAGCAGGCCUACCGCUGGUGCCAGGCUAUUCAGCCUAUGACAUACACCAUUCAGCCUUCUCUCAGAUGGUCAUCAGCUUCUACUAUGGGGGCAAGCUGAUGGGUCAGACCACCACCACCUGCCCCAAGGGCUGCCAGUUGUCACUGAGCAACCAGGUCCUGCCCACGAUCAAGUUGUACAGCCCUGAGGGCAUGGAGCUGGUGUACUUCCCGCCGGCGGACCUCAUCUCCAGUGAGCGGCAACGCCAAGUGACGAAGAAGUUGUUCGGGCACCUAGAGCGUGGUGUGGUGCUGCACAGCAGCCGGCAGGGUGUGCUGGUCAAGCGGCAGUGCCAGGGCCGUGUGUUCUGCAGUGGCAAUGCUGUGCUCUGCAAGGACCGGCCUAACAAGCUGGAGCGGGACAAGGUGGUCAAGAUCUUCGAUACCACCCAGUUCCUGAGAGAGCUCCAGCAGUUCUAUAACAGCCAGAGCCGGCUCCCUGACAGCAGAGUGGUGCUGUGCUUUGGGGAGGAGUUUCCAGAUGUGAUCCCAAUGCGCUCCAAACUCAUUCUUGUGCAGAUUGAACAGGUGUAUGCCCAGCAGCUGGUGGAAGAAGCAAGAAAAAACUGUGGAGUGGGAACCCUGGUGCAGCCUGAGGAUCCACAGUCAGAUCAUGUCUUCCGGGUGUUUCCAGAUAUAUGUGCUUCACACCAGAGACCCUUUUUCAGAGAAAACCAGCAGAUCACAGUUUAAGUCCUAGGCCACCCCCACCCCCCACCCCGCACACAUACACCCAGGUCUCGCAUUUCUUCAUUACAAUUACUGUUGUAAUUAUUUAAGGAUGUGGGUUUUUGGACCCAGGUGGGACCACCUCGCUCUGCUCUUAAUUUAGUAAGGGCAUGCACAGAGGACUCCAUCUUGUAGCCAUGCGUUCCCCUGCUCAGAUGCAAAGGCUGAAACUUAACCAGCUAACUGGUCUGGAUGCUGUCACUGCAACACAGAUACAAACAUGUACUUGUUGCAUUCUACUCUAAUGAUCAUUAGUUGCCUAGAGUCUGUCAACCAUUGGGGGCUACUUUUAGGGGUGGGGAAGACUUGGAAUAUUACCAGCAGGUAGCUGCUUCUGGGACCCAAACUCAGUGUGUAAUAACAACUUGUGAGAAGAAGACUAUUCUUGCCUUUAUCUUUUGUCAGAGCAACAGAUUUAUGAUUCCAUAGAUUUGGUUAGAUGUAAAGUGUCUUUUUGCUUGGAAGUCUGUUCAUAGGAUUUAAAAAUGGACAUUAGUCUCUGUUUCAUUAAGUGACAACUAAACUCUUAGCUUGAUAGAAGGGUCUAUGCCGGGGGCUGGGUGAUAGUGCACCUGGUUAAGUGCACAUAGUACAAAGUGCAAGGACUGGUGCAAGGAUCCCGGUUGGAGCCUCUGGCUCCCCACCUGCAAGGGGUCACUGCAAGCAGUGAAGCAAGUCUGCAGGUGUCUAUCUUUCUCUCCCCCUCUCUGUCUUCCCCUCCUCUCUCAAUUUUUCUCUGUGCUAUCCAACAACAGCAACAGCUACAACAACAAGGGAAAAAAGAUGGCCACCAGGAGCAGUGGAUUCGUAGUACAGGCACUGAGCCCCAGCAAAAACCAUAGAGGCAAAAAAAAAAAAAGUAUCUAUUCAUCCUAGAAUUUGGGGUUGGGACAGAAUCCCAUCACAAAAUGAACUGGUAUAUUUUUAUCUGUGGAUGAUGAGAACAUUCUCUUUUCACCUAUGUUGCCAGGAAACUUAGAACUGAAUUUAUUAUUAUUUUUUAAAUCAAACCACUGAAAUACCUCUCUCUUUUCUUCUUCCCACAUGCUUUUGACCUGCUUUAGAAAUGCUUGUAUUUUAAAUUGCCCCAUUGUAAACUGCUUUGAAUCUUUUCUUUCUUCUUUUUUAAUAAAGCGGGCAGAAUAUAAAGCCCCAGUUAAAAAAUAUUCAAUAAUUAUGGCCUGGACAAGUAUGUUGGAUGUACUUUUGAUCUGCUCAGAUCUAUCCCUUAGCUAUUGGUGUUUCAUGUGUGGUGUGGUGGGAUGUACUGAUGGGUGGGUGGGCCAGUGGUGGUGGUGGUGGUAAUGUAUUAUUUCUAUUGCCUUGACUGUGGGAUGGACUCUGGUGGGAAGAAUGCCUAUUAGUACUUUCUGGGAUUCAAAGUGGUUCUGCUCCACUCUGAACUCUGCUCUGCAAUAGAGAUAAGUUCUACACAGUGAUUUUCCAGGGGAAAAGCCCCCGUGGUAGUCCUGGAGGUACCUGCCUGUUUUCUAGAAAGUCAGAUGCAUUUCACUGUCCUGGAACAUGUCAACAUGUUUACCUAAAUCUGACACUGAUCAGAAACUGGGGACAGAGGAUUUAAAUGAUGGCUCAGAGGGCUGGCAAAAUAGAUCACUUGGAUAGUGUGCUGCUUUGCCAUGUAUGAGACUCAGGUUUGAGCCCAACCCUGGCCCCCACCACAUAGAAGGAAACCUUGGUGUUGCCUCUCUGUCCGUUUCUCCAAGAAGUAAAAAAUAAAAUAAAAUGUUGACUUGAUAUAAAGGCCAGGGGUGGGGGUGGGGAUGUCCAUGCCUUCCCACCAAUCUCCCAAUGUGUGGGGUGAUGUACCUCCAAGCCAAUUUAGCUUUUUUUUUUUUUCCUAAAAAAAAAAAAGACCACGUUUUGUCAGGUUAGAUUGUUCCUUAUCUCAAGUGGUGUGCCUGGGAUAUGCUGGAGGAGACUGGUCAUGAUUGGAUGCCCUCAUGUGUGUCCUGUGGGCAGAGUUUGAUGAAUUUUCCAAAUUGGUUCCAUAGUUGUAGUUGGUGUAGACACCAGGCAGUUUGGGAGAGGGCUUGGGGUGAAUCUGAGGUGGGGAUCUUCUCUCUUCUCCUUCAUACUCAUUCUGACCACCACCAUCACUGACUGAGAAUCUUACACUGUGAGGGGAAAUGUUCUCAUCUGCCCAUCUGCAUUUUGAGAAGUAGGGAUGAGUUGGGACUUAGGGAACAGUUGGGAGCCAAGAUCACCCCAAUUCAGUCAACCUGAGCUUCACAGCCAUGAUUCUCUUAUUUAUAAUCAGACAUGAAGAAUGCCAUUGACUUUUCCCACUUGCUUUGCUAUGAAGGUGCUGCUGGCAUAGCAGGAGUGAGAUUUACCAAUUAAAGGUCUUUUUUAAAUUGUAGUUAUUGUUGUUGUUAUUGAUGUCAUUGUUGUUGGGUAGGACAGAGAGAAAUGGAGAGAGGAGGUGAUAUCAGAGAGGGAAAGAGAAAGACAGACCUGCUUCACUGCUUGUGAAGCGACUCCCCUGCAGGUGGGGAGCCGGGGGCUCAAACCCAGAUCCUUAAGCUGGUCCUUGCCCUUUGCGCCACCUGCGCUUAACCAGCUGUGGUACCGCCCGACUCCCCAAUUAGAGGUCUUUUAAUGUGCCUGCAUUCACAUGUGAAUACAGGAAGUCUUCAGUUAAAAUGGUACUUGCUCAGGACCCAGAGAUGGCUCUUCCAGUAGAAAGCAUACUUUGCCAGGUAUCAUGAGGAUGCAGGUUCAACUCCCCAGCCACCUCAUGGGAGCAUGCAAAGGGGAAGCUUUAUAAGUGAGGGAGCAGUGCUCUGGUGUCUUUCCUACUUACUCUCCUUUUUAUCCUCUAUCUUAAAAAAAAAAAAUCCAUCAGAAGUGAAGACAGGCUUGAAAACCCUCAACCAAACCAAACCAAACCACCACCACAGUAACAACAACACAACAAACAAAAACAAAACAAAAAGUCAAAUGGCAUUUCUCCCUUGAUCAACACAACUAAGGAAGUAUUGUAUUUUUAAGGAUAACAGUUCUUUUCUGAGAUUUUCACAAGAUAGUGAUAGGCUCUUGUCUUUAGUUCCAAUGGAUGCUAAGUCACACAUCUGUAACAUGCUUAAUGAAUAUUUAUUUUUGUGUCCUUUUAAAAGGUAUAUUAAUCUUUUUAUUUUUGUUAAAAUUAAAGUUUUUUUAAAAAACAAA